GUGUUUUAAUUAUGAUUAUAACGUUUUUACCCCAAAUCACAAACCUAAAUGACUUUUAAAUUCAUUUUUCAUGUUGAUCUGAAGCCCCUGUUUCCAAAAUCUCCCCUGAGGGGGCGUGGCUUUAAGAGCUCCACAGAAAUGCCACAAAGACAUGUUAAAAACUCAAAAAACUGGAUUUUCAUCAGAGGGGGACGUUAAAGUAAAGUUUGUACCAUACUUAUAACAUAAGAUAGGAGUCUCAAGAAUGUGUGCAAACAAAUGUUGUACUUUAUAACUUGAUAUGCUGAGGAUAUAUCUAUGGGCCAAAAAUGUUUUAAAGUAUAAUAUAGUGAAAUUCCUUGUAUGCAUGAGUUCUCUCACGGUGAAAGAAAGAUCAGAUUAUAAUAUUGUGUGGCCCAGUUAGUUGGUGCAAUUGUUCAUGGAAACCAUAUCAAUGCAGUAUUGUAAAGUAAAAUCAGUGAGUGAAAUGAUGGACAUUUUAAAAGACUGGAACUAUUUUCUUUACCUACCUCUUUGCGUUUGCAGCACACACCUAUCGAACACCAAAGAAGAAAACCAAUGAAAGGAAAAAAAAAACUUCACUGCUGGUUCCUUGUGUUCUACAAGCAUUAAACAAAGUUUCAGAGGCGUGAACAUCAUGCAUGUGUCCGUUGUGCUGCCUGAUCAAAUUCAUCAAAAUAUUUGUUCUCAAAUUUGAAACAUUGUCAUAUAUUGAGUUGUAAAUCUGCAUUUUCAAAAAAAAUCCUGUUUCUCUCCUCCCCUUGUUUACCCUGUUAAUAACAUAUGGGGGGUCAAAGGAGGAGCGAGACUCAAAGGAAGCGGUCACAGAGCCAAUCCCUGGACUUGAACACGUGCUUUUGUCCUCUCGGCAUUAGGCUCAUCAGAAGGAGCGAAGGAGCUGUUAUGGAGGAGAGUAACCUGCUGAAGAAAAGGCUCCAGGCUAUCACCGAGAAGCAUCGUAUUCAAGAGGACAUUCGACGCAAGAAAUUGGAACUUGAUGAAAUGAAGCUCAGACUUCAGCAUAUGAAGAAGAAAACCUUGAGAGAUCAGUGGCUGCAGCAGGACUUCGCUCUUCACAGCACACAGCAACAGCUGCUGCUGCAGGACCAACAGCAGACGAGAGCUCUACAGCUCAGCAUCUAUAGAACUGAGCUGGAGGUGGCGUCACUGGAGAGAGAGGAGUCCAUGAUCUUAACCGAUGAAAGCUUUAUCCUGAACAGACUGAAGGCGGUGGAAAGAAGUCCAGAAGACAUCAUUAAGGAGGUGCUCAGCAGGCUAAGUCCUGACUUGUUACAGGUCCAUGAUGUCACCACUGACGUCCCAGAUGUCAGAAGUUUACCAGGAAACAAACACUCUGAACCAAACACACCAACUCUGUUUGACGUGAUUUCUUCUGCUCCACCUGAGGAGUUAAACCCUCUCACUGGGCUUGAGGCUUCUACUGGAGGAGGGAGGAACCUUCAUGCUUUCCACACUCAACAGUGGUCACGAGACUAUAGAUGUGCUUCUGAUUUGUCAACUUCUGAACUGGAACAGCUGGUGAGAUGUGCUGCAGGGCGGAGUCAACUCCACCUCCAUCAAAAUCCCUUCAGAAACCAUGAAGAUGGAUUCAACAACAACCAGGAUAAUGGAGAAAACCAGAGAGAACACUAUGAAGUAUGUGUCGUUAAAAGUGUUGCAGAAAUAAAAGGCCAUGACCGCUGGGAUAAAUAUCAAGGAAACCCUCAGGAUGAGAACUAUUGCAGUUUCAACGUUGACAACCACGGGGCAGAGGAUCAGCAUCUACAUUCGUGUUGUACGAGCAGAAGCUACAGCGCUCUCGAGGAUGAGGCAGCUGUUUUCCAAGCCAACAGCAUGAUCAAAGGUCACAAUGGGAUAAACCAGCACAAGUCCUGCAGUCUUCUACCUCCAAGACCUCAUGAGCAGGAUGCUGUCCCAGCAGCCACUUACAGUAGUCCUUCUUUGAAGGAUGACAUCAGCGUUGAAAAGGAAGACCUUCACUGCUGCCAAUCAACAUUCUAUCAUUUUAAGAUCGAAACAGUGAACAACCACGAACACUGCUCCUCUCUGUAUGGACAGCCUAGAACACCUUCCCCUCUCUACGUAGAAGACAGUCCUUACACCAUUCUCCACACCCUGGACAGCACGGAGCCGGUCACAGCCAUCUUCAUGGGACUCCAGGCCAAACAGGAUGACAGAGAACAUUCUCAAGAGUUUGACGGGUGUCUAAAGGCAGAGCUGGUCAUCAUUAGGGAUGACCACUCUGAAGACACAAAUGAAUCCAAACACUCAGAUAAUGAAAACAGAGUGCAGUCAGGAUCUAGGGGGGAAGGGUUAGAGAGGCAAGGGAAGCACACAAGUAUCAGGAAACUCCAUAAAAAACAAAAGUCGUGCUGCAUUGUUUGCUAACUGACCGUGUGAUGAAGGGCUGAGUGUUCAACAGUUACUUCAAACCCAUCUGCUGUAGAAUCCAGCAUCUGUCCCUCAGAGAGCUGCUUCAGGCUGCUGUAGCUCUCCCAAAAACGAUAAAGAUAUGUUCUUUAUUUAAACAGGUCAGUUAAAUGUAAUGAAACAUUCCCUGUCAGGUGCUCUCAGUGUAUUUAUGCCAUAUAAAGCCAUAAAAAGUUUUUUGGGGAAUAUCCAUGCUUUCCAACAUUCGGAAACUCCCCUGAUGACCAGAAGCCCAUAAACCAGAACUGACUGGUCCUUUUGUUUACAGCCAAAGGUUCAGGAGCGUCCUAGUCUUUAUCUGAUUAGCACCUCGAUGACACCAACUGUGAUUGUUUUACUGUAAUUUGAGUGUUUAUAUUUUUCCAGAUGCUCCAAUUCUAAAUCCUGGCAGCUGGAUGGCUCAGUUGGUGAAGUGUGGGACGAGCACUUCUGGGUUUGAUUCCCAGGGCAAUGAGCUCUGUGAGGUCCCCCACAGAUAACACAGGGUUUUCAGAAGGGGCAUUAAACUCUGUCAGGCUAAGAGUGCAAAUCAGUGAAAACUGAUUCACUGUGGGGACCCCUGAAAGGAAAAGCCAAAAGAUGAAAACAACAACUCCAAUUUGUGGUGGGAGCCGUGGUGCAGCGGUCAACCUCUGAUUUGAAUAUUACAGGUUCGAUUCCCUCAUUUACCCGCCUAUGUGUCGAGGUGUCCUUGGGCAAGACACUGAACCUCGAGUUGCCUCUGGUGGUUAUAGGUUGGCACCAGAGUUCGGUAGCGGAGCCGCCAUCAGUGUGUAAAUGUGACUGUGACUCUAAAGCACUUCCAGGAAAGUGGAAAAGAAUUAUACAAUUCUAAACCCUUUAUUAUUCAAAUUUAUGCUUCCAGCUUUAGAUAUUUGUGACAUUGUCACAAAUUCAAUGAAAUAUAAAGUGCUUCUUGGUCAGUGCAACACUGAUAUUUUAAAACAACCUAUGGUAAAAACGUAAUACAUAAAAAGUUCUAUUAACUUGUUCAACUUUUGGCUUAUCCCAUUCAGGGUCGCCACAGCGAAACAGAACCUACUGUUUUGUAUUAGUGAUUUGAUGGAGAGUCCUGAUGGAAUCUUGUAUUUGAAAGGCACUGGGAACCCGGUUAGGGUUAAGUGCAAUCCACACCAUGGGGAUUGAACCCAGGUUUCCUGUGUGAAAGCCCCACACACAGCCCACUGAGCCAACCAGCCACUAAAAAGUGCUAGUAACUAAAUCCCAGAAAUUAAAACAUUUUUUGCAAAAUAAAAAAAAACAGGAUACUCAAUAGGUGUUAAAUUUGUGAAAACCAGGGGGAAAAAAAAUCAUGAAAGUAAUAAAUAUGAGAAAACAUCCACUGUGUCACAGUUUCCAGGGUGGGAAGGGGGCAGCCAACAAUCUUUUGGGUGGUGUUGAUGACCCGCUGGGGAGCUUUCCUCAGCUGCACUGCUUUAAGACUGUUUUUUUCCCCACAUCAAAGUUUCUAACCAAUCAGAUUUUAGCUCUCACUUGUUGCUAGGUUCAUCAAAGUCUGCCUUACGCUCAUACAUACAGUCAGUGUUCUAUCCCCCAUUCCGGUCUUUGCAGACGACUUUCCAUAAAAAACACUGCUGACUAAACCAUAGUAAUAUAUGAAUUAAACACAUUGACGUUGAUUUAACCAACCAAAGAGUCUCUGUAGCUUCAUGAGGGCGGAGGAUGAUAUAAUCACCUCUGAUUGGAUGGUCAAAGCUCGGACUGCCAAAAGCUAACUUCUUUUGGUCUUCAGGCCGUCGGCAGAAGCUGCACUAGAUUUGUAUUGGAAUUACUCGCUGUUUUGCAGUUAACAAUAAAAGAAGGCAGAUAAGUUUAUUUAUGUUGCUGAUUUAUUCUUAAGAUGGACUUUUCCUGAAAAAUUAGACAUUAUCAAAAAAGGCUGGCCAACCCCGAAGCUAGCAAGCUUGUCUCAACAGGAAAAGGAUUUGUCCGCCACUUUCAGCCUCCUAGAAUCCUGUCUGGCUGGACAGGGUUUUGUGACAAUGAUGAGCGACAAAGUAAGAGAACUUCCACGCUGCCACUGAACGCACCACAGGGCCUAUGACUGCAUCGAGCUGAAGCGUCUCAUGACCGACAGCUUCAUGGAAAAACAGGUUUCAAGGUGAUGGUAAACUAGUGUUUAUCACUCAGAGAUUUUGGGAGCACCAAGAAAAACUUCCAUCUUAGAACAGCACUCUAAUCUAUCUGCUGAGAACGGACUGUCAAACAGCAUGAAGUAAAAUCUACCACUCAUCCAGCUGGACUUUCAUUCAUGGAUGGAGUUCAUCUUUAAACAAGUUGGAUUUGCUGUAAAUAAAAAUGCUUUGAAUAAAAAUGCCUAUUUUCCAGAGUAA